AUGAAGCUGCGAUUGGGACUUCUGGGUGCGGCCUUGAUGCUUAAUGCAUCAUGGUGGUUCAUAACGAUAGGCCAGUUCUUGUAUGUCAUGUCUGGGAACUGUGGUCGAUCUUGGUCUGGAUUCUCCCGGAAAGCCCUAAGAAAUCUCUCAGGAUUUGUCAAGUUGUCAGUUUCAUCAGCUGUAAUGCUUAGCUUGGAGAUAUGGUAUAUUAUGGCGCUGACACUUGUUGUUGGACAUCUAAAGAAUGCUGAAGUUUCCGUAGAUGCUUUGUCUAUAUGCUUGGAGGCAUAUGCUGCUGAAGAGAGACUAAAACUGUGGGGAGGGGAAACGGAGGCUCAAAUUGAUGAAUCAUCCACAUUAAAAAGCUCAACCUUCCAUGAGCAAAUUCGCGCUUCAGUAGACGAGAUAUCAAUCUAUGUGAAGAUAACAGACAAUCAUUUCUGGCAAAAUCAAAAUGCAAGUAUCAAACUCCUGAUGCUUGAGAUUAGCAGUAGCCAAGAAAAACUACGAUUGGUUAUCUGCCAGACUUGA